GUGGUGUCGAUCCUGGCUGGAUCUACAGAAUAGCAGCUGUAAGACUGUCAACAAAAAAGGCGUGGGGGUAACGUGUCAAAUGUCAUUUGUGCCUUGUGCUUUGUGAGGUUAUUUUUUUCCGAAAAACUUCAAAGUAGAAUUUUUCUGUUGCUAUAUUAAAAAAUACGUUCUUAUUAAUGCUAUUAUAGGAUGUCGUUCAGCAAGACUAAACGCUUGUUUUUGGGUUUAGGUGCACUUUCUGGAGCUGCUACAUUUUAUUAUUUAAAUAAUUUUAAGCAGAAAGCUCAUGCUUCUUGGACAACGAAUUAUAUACCUUCAUCAUAUGCAAAGUGGGAUGAUAACUGGGACCAUCGAGCCCCAGAAGUCCUAGUGAAACCCAAAGGUAAUUUGUCAGCCAAAGAAGAGAACGAAUUAAAUGAGAAAAUAGAAAAACAAAAAUCUAGGGCUGUGAGGCAUAUCAUUUUGAUAAGACAUGGACAGUAUGUAUAUGGUGAAACUGAUAAGGAUAUGAUGCUAACAGAGUUAGGAAGAAUCCAGGCAGAUUAUUCCGGAAAAAGAUUAAAAGAAUUAGGGUUCCCAUAUACAAAUAUAAUCAAAUCUACAAUGACUAGGGCACAAGAGACUGGUAACAUUAUAUCAGAAUCAUUGCCAGAAGUUGAGGUUAUAAACUGUGAUCUAAUAAGGGAAGGUGCUCCUAUACCUCCAGAUCCUCCUAUUGGAAGUUGGAAACCAGAGCGUUAUAAGUUUUAUCAAGAUGGCUCCAGAAUUGAGGCUGGUUUCAGAAAGUAUUUUCAUAGAGCAGAUCCCUGUCAAGAAAAAGAUAGCUAUCAUAUAUUAGUUUGUCAUGCAAAUGUCAUCAGAUAUUUUGUAUGUAGGGCCCUACAAUUUCCAGCAGAAGCUUGGCUUCGAUUAUCUUUGAACCACGCCAGUAUUACUUGGAUCAGUAUUACCCCUAGUGGCAGAUGUAUUUUAAGGGUAUAUGGAGACACAGGUCAUAUGCCGCCAAAUAUCAUAACUAGUCGUUGAUAUCCUUAUUUUUACUAUUUGAAACAAUCAACAAAUUUAGCACAAAAUUUUGAAUGUUCUUGACAGAUACAUCUGUAUUAACCAAAUCAUUGAAGAUUGAUCAAAACUGAUUUAAUAUGUCAUAAUACAAAUAUUGGUAGCAAGAGUUUGGUAUUUUGAAUCUUUAAUGCACAGUAACAUUAGGUGACAUAUCAACUUUUAAAUUUACAAGUAAUAUGCUGCAGUAAAAACCAGUCAAGAGCCUAUUGUGUUUCAUGGUUGUGGGCACACAGUGUGCUCAAUAGUUAGCAUUCUUUUCUGCAGUUAUUCCUGUCAACAAUUUGAUCACUCCUUUUUAAAUAUACUUUAUUACCAAAACACCUACACAAAAGUGCCCUUCAUAGCUAAGAUGUGGUGAACAGGUACCUAUAUUUAAGUGAAAUAUCUAAAUGUUGCAAAGACCUGCAGGUCAGUUCAAUGCCAAUUUAUUUUAUGAAUCUCUCAAGAUUGUAUGAAUAUUAGUUUAAGUACUUAUAAAAUGUUGAAUCAAUGUGUUAAUCUUUAAGUCAUAAAAUACCUCGUUUAAUAUUAAUUAUUAUGAAGUAUUAAACAAUAUAUGAAGAAAAUUCUCAGUGUUUGUCUGGCCGCUAAAUAUGAUAAGUGCCAUUUAUUAAUAGUGAAAUCUACUUAUUACAAGUUGCUGAAGUAACACAAUAAUGCAGUAAUGCAGUGUUGCCUUGUCAUUAUUGAUUAGCUUAGUUCUAGAUGCACAUUCAAUUUUAUUUUAUUGGCUUAUUGAGUUAGCUCUAAUAAAACAUGUUUCAUUAGUGGUAGCGGCAAUUUAGGAUUACUUUUUUCUGCUGUACUGCAAAUUAAUGAAUUAAAUAUUAGUAUGUUUCACUUUGAAUAUUGCUGUAUUUUUAAUGUGACUCAAAAUAGAUACUUUUUUUGUUUGUUAACUUUGGAUUUCUUUUUUGUAAGUCUAAAAGCGUGUUUAAUUUAUAAAGACAUUUUGUUCAAUGUACUAUGUUUAAUAGGUAAAAUGAAUAUAUUCUCUUUACAAAACUAAA